AUUGUGAAAGAAAUGUCACAACUUCUCUAUUGAUUGUGCCAUGAAAUGUUGAAAUAUAUGGCCUACAUAAUGCAUUGGUUAUUGCUUAUUGAUGCACAGCUAAUGAUCAGCUAGCAUGACUGUGUAGUCUGACUGUGUAGAAUGAUAUUGAUUCGGGAGAAAAUGUGACCAAUUUUUCAGGUAGGCCUCUGUCAAUAUGCAGUUCCAGAAGUUGUGACAUCACCAUCCUUCACCAUGUCUCAUAAUCCUAAUAAUCCACAAGCAGAUGAAUCAGAUGCAUGGCUACGAAGCUCUUCUACUCCGCCAGAGAAAGGGAAAGAUUCUAGUCAAACAGGUAGCCAGAGUAAUGUACGAGGGACCAUUCAGCCAGGCAGGACCGAGACAGGAAAACAGGCUGGAGGGAGUAGUACGAGUGUUAGAGAUGAGAAGGGGACAAGUCGACCAGCCAGUAGGAGUGAGAAACAGGCUGGUGGUAGCACUAGGAGCGUUAGAGGAGACAAAGCAUCAAAUGAGCAAGGCAGUGGGCAGAGUGGAAAGGCUGGAGGCAGUAGUCGGAGUGUUGGAUUUGAAAAGGGGACAAGUAGACCUGGUAGUGCCCAGAGUAAGAGACAAGUACACGACAGUGAAAAUGAUGAGAAGCUAGGAAGCAGAAGAAGCGUCAAAGAUGUUGGAGAAGACAAACUUGGAAGGGAAUCUGGCCAACUGGGCGAGUCAACUGUGGAGGAAAUGCCUCUCGAAGAUGAUCAACCUGACAGUGCAGACAAAGACGACAGCCAAGAGAAGACACAACAGGCCUCAAAAGCUGAAUCAUCCCCCCAAACUCCAGCAUCUGCAGCUACAACACUAGACUUGGAAUCUUGGCCGAUACAAAAAGCUGAGCAUUGGCCGAUGACAGGGAAGCACAUCCUGGCGCAAUACACUGACGAGACAAUAGUAGUCUAUCAGGCUUUCCAGAAGUCCAUUGCAGAUUAUGCUGUAGAAAAUCAGAAAUUUGGAGGUGAUAACUACAGUUUUGACCGAAUGUCCUGGAUCAAGACGAACUUUCUAUGGAUGAUGUACCGAUCAGGUUGGGCCACCAAAAAGAGUCAGGAGCGGAUAUUAGCAAUCAGAAUCAGCAGGGAAGGCUGGGACGAGAUACUAUCUAAAGCUUAUACUGCUUUGAGACAAAAGGAAGCAGAGAUACAAACGAAAGACAUUGAAGUGCGUUUACAAUGGGACCCCGAUCACAACCCAACCGGCAGCGCGUUGCAAAGGAGAGCAAUACAACUGGGACUCAAGAAGGAGAUAUUGAAACGCUAUGCUACAGAAUUCGUUCAAGAAAUCGAAGACGUCACAGAAUAUGUUCAGGCACAGCACGAACACGUCACAACUGGAAGUAUGGUCAAGCUGGUCACACCCAAGGAGAGGGUGUACGUGGUCACCGAUGAAACGGUCGCCGAAAGAAUAGGAGUGGACAAGUGGCCACUACCGGCUGAGAGGGAGGAUACUGUUGUCUUAUAUUAGUCACAGAACUGUGAAAUGACCUUGAAAAUUUGACAACAUUUGAAAUUUUGUCAUGACAAAGGCCGAUCUUCUAAAGAAAACAUGACAUGUUUGUAAUAGUGACCUCUUGACUCAACAUGAUAUUACCACAACUCAAAGUUUUAAAUCUGUAUGAAUGCCAUCUUGCCAAAAUAACUGGAAUUGAGAAAAUGAAUGUGCUGCUUCCUCAUUCUAUUCAACAGUCAGAUAAGUUAUAAGUAAAAGGGGUGCUGAACUUGGGUAUAUUGGCAUAAUAUUUUACAGUUACAAUACCUUUGAAAUAAAAUGUUCACACUGCAA